UACUAUCACCCAGGGGCAGACUGACCAUUUGGAAACUCGGGCACUGCUCGAGGGCCCGGGGUCAGUAGGGAGCCCCAUGAGAUACCCCUGGUACCUUUUUCAUAGGCCUUUUUGAGUUUGGGCAAGGACACAGGGGCCCCAUGAUCCCCUAUUGCCCGGGGGCCCCAUGAGUUGUCAGUCCGCCCCUGCUAUCACCCAUAUAGGAGACUGCACUCUGGACAGGAUGAUGACCAUGCAUUGGAAAGCACUAUCCAAUAAGAGAGUGGCUACCAUACCA